GAGAGUCAGAGAGGAGGAGAAUAUCUCUCACCACCAGCUGUGAUCAACUAGACAGUCGCAAAAUCAGCAAGAAAACCUGAAAAGCAUGGACAGAAAGAACAAGCUGAUGAUUUUCUCUCUGCUUUUGGCAGGCAUAUGCAGCCCGGUGUUUAGUGGAGAAUGGAGAGCCAAUGUUGUAAAAUACCUUGAAGCCCUGGUUUCAUCCUGUGUUGUGGUUCCCUGUUCGUUCACUCAUCCUGGAGGAAACCUGCCCAGCUCCAGACUCAGAGGCAUCUGGCAUCGUCAUGAUAAACGAGAUGAAAACAUCUAUCACUAUGAUGACACCAAGAUCUUGGACAACUUUAAGGGCCGCACACAGAUGUUGGGACAUCUGGGUCAGGACAACUGCACCUUAGAAAUAGUUGAUGUUAGAGAUCACGACAACGGCCCUUUCUGUUUCCGGAUUGAACUCGUACGAACAGAGGAUAAUGAACCCACCAAAGACAAGUUCUCCUUCGUUGAGGACUGUGUCACAUUGAAGAUGCUCCCUGAUGCUCCAGCUCCUACACUGAAUCAUCCACCGACGGCCAUCGAGGGGCAGCCGUACACCGUCACCUGCUCCAUCAUCCAUACCUGCCCCUCCCACUGGCCUAAACUCUCAUGGACUGGGAAAUAUGGAGAAGUCAGAGAGUAUCAUAAGGACAUUCGCUCUGGCAACUGGGAGACACAGUCUAUCUUAACGUUUGUUCCUGAGGAGAAAGAUGACCACGGCGAGAUCACCUGCACGGCUGAGUUUUUUGGACAGAAGACAUCCUCCAAAAGUUUUUCACUCUUUGUAAAACGGGCACAAAACUACAAUCACAUCAUCAUUCCAACUGUAGUGGCCAUUGGUACUGCUCUGAUCUUUGGGCUUCUCUGUGUUUUCAUGGCAAAAAAAUACAAGAAUCGUAUUAGAGAGCUCCAGAAUCGAGAAGGCAGUGUGUGGAACCGACUGUCCAAGAUGUCUCGCAGGAGCAGAAGCUGAAGGCGAGAACUGAAAACAACGAUUGUCAUCAAAAUAUGGAAUCAAAGGAGGCCAAGGAGAAGGACUCCAAAAGCAGAAAUUUUACUGGCUUGCUUUUUAUAUUUUUCUUCUUUUAUUCAUUAAUCAGUUUCAGAGCAAAGAAAUCAUCCAAAUAACAGCUGAUAAAAUGUUUUCUGUUUUUGAAUAUCAUAGCCAGUAAUAACAGGAUGCACUGCCUUGUGAGAAUGCUUGAUUUCUGUGAAUCAUGUUAACCAAACAUAAACCUUUUGCAAAAAAGAAAAUGUUUCAAUCACAUCAUUAAAUAAAAACUAACAGUGUUGUCUGAACAGAUGUAUCUGUCAUGUAAAUGCAUAUUAAAACAUUAAAUGUUCAUAUACGCUUAAA